AGUAGCACAGAGCCAGCCUCCAACCAGUCUACGCUGUUCCUGCUUGCUCUGUUUUUUUUCUAAGGUUGGAGAGCAAGAUUAGGCACAAGGACAGCAAACAAACAGGACCAAAACAAACACGGCCGUGUUUCACCGUGGGGGAUUCCGUGUUCCGUGCAGGAGCAUCUCUGGCACUCGCUGAUUGAGGUGAAAGGAGCACAAAAACAGAAAGCAGGAUGUCAGCCAGAGGAGGAAAGAAGAAAGCAACCAAGCUCUCCCGUUCAUCCAGGGCAGGUGUCAUCUUCCCCGUGGGGAGGAUGAUGAGGUACCUGCGCACUGGAACGCACAAAUACCGCAUUGGUAUGGGGGCCCCAGUUUACAUGGCCGCAGUCAUCGAGUACCUGGCAGCUGAGAUCUUGGAGUUGGCAGGAAACGCCGCGCGGGACAACAAGAAAGGCAGAAUCACUCCCAGGCACAUCAAGCUGGCUGUGGCCAAUGACGAGGAGCUGAACCAGCUGCUGCGGGGGGUCACCAUAUCAAACGGGGGCGUUCUGCCUCGGAUCCACCCAGAACUACUCUCCAAGAAGAGGGGAAGCCGGGUGAAGGUGGACAGCCAGGCGUCUGCAGAGAAGGAGGAAACCUCAAAGAGGAAGAAACCCGUCAAAACCGUCAAGAAGGUCAAAGGCAAACGAGGCCGUAAGCCAAAGAGCUCAGACGGCGAGUCUGUACCAAACUCCACAGCUGAAGACGGCCCAGGAGAGGGAUUCACUAUCCUGUCAGCAAAGAGCCUCUUCCUCGGACAAAAGCUUUCACUAACAGAAAGCGAACUCAGCAAAAUCGGAACAAUCAAAGUGGAGGCCAUAAUUAACCCCACGAAUGCAGAGAUGGACCUCAAAGAUGGAGUCGGAAACGCCCUGGAGAAAGCCGGAGGCCGAGAGUUCCUGGAUGGAGUCAAGGAGCUAAGGAAAGCACAGGGGCCUCUGGAGGUGGCAUCAGUGGCAGUAGGCCAGGCCAAUGGGAUGGCGGCCCGCUUCAUCAUCCAUUGUAACGUCCCUCAGUGGGGUUCAGAGAAGUGCGAGGACCAGCUGGAGAAGACGGUGAAGAACUGCCUCUCUGCUGCCGAGGAGAAGAAGCUCAAGUCUGUGGCUUUCCCUUCACUUCCCGCUGGACGGAAUGGUUUCCCAAAGCAAACAGCCGCUCAGCUCAUCCUCAAGGCCAUCUCCAACCAUUUUGUGUCGUCCACUAGCUCCUCUCUGAAGAACAUUUACUUUGUGUUGUUUGACAGCGAGAGCAUCGGGAUCUACCUUCAGGAAAUGGCCAAGCUGGACACCAAGUGAGGCAUCCCACCGUAGGCGUUUGUUUUCUAACUGUUGUUUGUCGCCGCUGGUGUAGAUAGGUGGUAUGACAGUAGGAGUUUCUCAUGUGGAGUCGUCUUUGGUUUAAGAGAAAAUCCCAAAUAUCUGUGAGUGGAGUGCUGUUCACAUUUCUGUUCCUUCAGAAUAUUCUGGUUCUUUUUAGAUUAGAUAAUUUAAAUCUGUACGGUUUGCUUUGGAUGUUUCAUUGAUGUUUUUACAUUCCAUGUACAAAUUUAACAGUUUUUCUCCAGCCUGUAGUUUCUGAUACAGUUAGUUUACUAAAAAACAAACGACUGUGGUUCUCAUUCUGCUUUGAAAUAAAAACUCGGAUGUUUUACA